AGAUAAAGACAGAGCAGCCUGUCUUUGUCUGAGGUUCCUCUGCCAGUGGGAGGGGCCAGAAGAAAACCAGAAAGAGGGCCAGAGUCAGAGAAACGUAAAGCACCCCAGGGUCUCCCACACCAGUGCCUGAGCAGGAACGGGGAGGGGCCAUGACUCACAAGGCCCUGGGAGGUCACUUUAAAGAGGGCUGCCCAACUGCAGGGACUCUGUAAACGGGAAGAGAAGCCACAGCACUUCAGAAAAGAGUGGGACUGGACAAGCGUAUCUAAGAGGCUGAACAUGAAUCCACAGAUCAGAAACCCGAUGAAGGCAAUGGAUCCAGGCACAUUCUACUUCCAAUUUAAAAACCUAUGGGAAGCCAACAAUCGGAACGAAACCUGGCUGUGCUUCACCGUGCAAGUUAUAAAGCAUCACUCAACUGUCUCCUGGGAGAGGGGCGUCUUCCAAAACCAGGUCGAUCUUGAGACCCAUUGUCAUGCAGAAAGGUGCUUCCUCUCUUGGUUCUGCGAGGACAUACUGUCUCCUAACACAGACUACCGGGUCACCUGGUACACAUCUUGGAGCCCUUGUCCAGAGUGUGCCAGGGAGGUGGCCAAGUUCCUGGCCAGGCACAACAAUGUGAUGCUCACCAUCUAUACCGCCCGCCUCUACUACUCCCAGUAUCCGAAUUACCAGCAGGGGCUCCGCAGGCUGAGUGAGGAAGGGGUCUCUGUGGAGAUUAUGGACUACGAAGAUUUUAAAUAUUGUUGGGAAAACUUUGUGUACGAUGAUGGUAAGCCGUUCAAGCCUUGGAAGGGACUAAAAACCAACUUUCGAUUUCUGAAAAGACGCCUACAGGAGAUUCUCGAGUGAGGGGUCUCCCCGGGCCUCAUGGUCUGUCUCCUCUAGCCUCCUGCUCAUGCUGCGCAGGCCUCCCCUCCACCCUGGACCAGCUCUGUUUCUGCCUGGUCAUCCUGAGCCCCUCCUGCCCUCAGGGCCAUUCCACAGUGCUCCCCUGCCUCACCACCUCCUCCCCGCUCUCCCAGGCUCUUCCUUCAGAGGCCCCUUUCUGCCUCCAUGGCUACCCAUCCACCCCCUCAGACCCCAUUCCUCCAGCCUGCGUGCCCCUAACCUGGCUCUUCCCAUCUCCCCAGCAUAACCAAAUCUUACUAAACUCAACCUAGGCUGGGCAUGGUGACUCACGCCUGUAAUCCCCCAGCACUUUGGGAGGCAAAGGUGGGAGAAUCACUUGAGCCCAGGAGUUCGAGACCAGCCUGGGCCACAGGACAAAGCCCCAUCUCUACAAAAAAAAAAAAAAAAAAGCUAGAUGUGGUGGCAUGCACCUGUAGUCCAAGCUACUUGGAAGGCUGAAGUGGGAGGAUUACUUGAGCCCUGGAGGUGGAGGCUGGAGUGAACAGAGAUCGCACCACUGAACUCUGGUCUGGGCAGAGUAGAUCGAGACCCUGCCUGAAAAUAAAUCAAUAAAUAAACUCACCCUAAAUGGGUGUGAAUAUAUGUAAAUUUAAUACCAGAAGUUUUGAGAAACAUCCUUUGUAAAUUUCAUCCUACGAAUUGGGUCAUUCAUGUCCUACCCAGCUAAAACAGAGGCCAGGAGCCAGGGAGGAAAAGCAGUCAGGCCACACGCCUUUGCUCCCGAAAUGGACUUCUCUGCAAGCCUGACUCCUGAAACUGUGCGUUUACCCUGAAACCAGCUUUAUCCAUAGCUUCUGCGAUAAAUGGCUGUAAGUCGUGGACUCCUUGCUCCAAAAGCAGCGACUCAGCAAUGGAACCUCCCAGCUCCCAACGCUUCCUAGUGCCCACGGGCUUUCCCAAAGGGCAAGAGAACGUUUCUCCUCCUAUAAUUGCCAUCUCUUUGUUCUCCCGACAUGGUGAACACCACCCGGACUGCGGGUAUGUCCCAAAUUACAAUUCUUUCUUUGCUAAUGAAAUAUGAAAUUUAGAGGCUCUUCUCCACACUUUAAAUUUGACUUGACAUUUUCAAGGCAGAUGUAAGUUAUUAGAGAAUGAGACUCUAUAAAAAUGACCCCUUCAUGCCGUGGCCUCCAUAGAAGAUGCCCCGGGCCAGGUGUCCACACGGCAGGCAUUUAUUUUCUCGCAGAUCUGGAGGCUGCAGGUCCAAGUUCGAGGGUUGGGUGGAGUUGUUUUCUCUGAGGUCAGUUCUCCUGGCUGGCAGGGAGUCGCUUCCAGCCAUGUCCUCUCUCGCUUUUCCUCUAUGCACCUGCACCUCUGGGGUCUCUCUGCCUCCAAAUAUCAAAUAUCAACCUUUUUUUUUUCUUUGAGACAGAGUUUUGCUCUUGUUGUCCAGGCUGGAGUGCAAUGGCACGAUCUCGGCUCACUGCAACCUCUGCCUCCCGAGUUCAAGUGAUUCUUCUGCUUCAGCCUCCCAAGUACCUGGGACUAAAGGCAUGCGUCACCACACCUGAUUAAUUUUGUAAUUUUAGUAGAGAAGGGAUCUCACCAUGUUGGCCAUGCUUGCUCUCGAACUCCUGGCCUCAGGUGAUCUGCCUGUCUUGGCCUCCCCAAGUGCUGGGAUUACAGGUGUGAGCCACUGUGCCCGCCUGGGAUCAUAUGUUACAUGCAUAUUUGUUUGAUAAGCCUGGACUGCAACCACCUACAUGAAUAUUCAUAGCUCCUCCUGUAGCCUGUUGAAUAUGUAUGUUUAGCCAACCCCUUCAGCAUCAAGCUCCUGCCCCAACCCCUCCUGCUUCUAAAUGUCUGUAUCUGGUGUUUCCCAGAGGCUGCUUUUCCCAGGCUGUAGGAUGGCCACCUUGCAGGCUAUCACGCUUAUCAAGAAAUAAAGUGUUCUUUGCAAA